UGGAGGGGUGUCGGAGCCCUGAGGCUCUCUCCUUCUGGAAGAUGGCUCUGAACACUUCCACCAUGGAUAGUGCCGGGCUGGCGGUGGAGAGGGACUUCUCCUUCCGUAUCCUCACAGCCUGCUUCCUGUCACUGCUCAUCCUGUCCACUCUCUUGGGAAACACUCUGGUCUGUGCUGCUGUCAUCAGGUUCCGACACCUGCGAUCCAAGGUGACCAACUUUUUCGUCAUCUCCUUAGCUGUGUCAGACCUCUUAGUGGCUGUCUUAGUGAUGCCCUGGAAAGCUGUGGCUGAGAUUGCUGGCUUCUGGCCCUUUGGGUCCUUCUGUAACAUUUGGGUGGCCUUUGACAUCAUGUGCUCCACUGCCUCCAUCCUCAACCUGUGUGUGAUCAGUGUGGACAGGUACUGGGCCAUCUCCAGCCCCUUCCAGUACGAGAGGAAGAUGACUCCCAAGGCAGCCUUCAUUCUGAUCAGUGUGGCAUGGACUCUGUCUGUCCUCAUCUCCUUCAUCCCCGUGCAGCUCAGCUGGCACAAGGCCAAGCCCAUAAGCCCCUCCGAUGGCAAUGCCACCUUCCUGGAAGAGACCGAGGACAACUGUGACACCAGAUUGAGUAGGACAUAUGCCAUUUCAUCCUCCCUGAUAAGCUUUUACAUCCCGGUGGCCAUCAUGAUUGUCACCUACACCAGUAUCUACAGGAUCGCCCAGAAACAAAUACGGCGCAUCUCAGCCUUGGAGAGGGCAGCAGUCCACGCCAAGAACUGCCAGACCACCACGGGGAAUGGGAAGCCUGUCGAGUGUUCUCAAUCAGAAAGCUCCUUUAAGAUGUCCUUCAAGAGAGAGACUAAGGUCCUGAAGACCCUGUCCGUGAUCAUGGGGGUGUUCGUCUGCUGCUGGCUCCCCUUCUUCAUCUCAAAUUGCAUGGUGCCCUUCUGUGGGUCUGAGGAGACCCAGCCCUUCUGCAUCGAUUCCAUCACCUUUGAUGUGUUCGUGUGGUUUGGGUGGGCUAAUUCCUCCCUGAACCCCAUCAUUUAUGCCUUUAAUGCUGAUUUUCAGAAGGCAUUCUCUACUCUCUUAGGAUGCUACAGACUGUGCCCUACAACGGGUAAUGCCAUAGAGACAGUUAGCAUCAAUAACAACGGGGCCGUGGUGCUUUCUAGUCAUCAUGAACCCCGAGGCUCCAUCUCCAAGGAGUGCAAUCUGGUUUACCUGAUCCCUCAUGCUGUGGGGUCCUCUGAGGACCUGAAGAAGGAGGAGGCAGGCGGAAUAGCAAAACCACUGGACAGGCUGUCCCCAGCCCUGUCAGUCAUAUUGGACUAUGACACUGAUGUCUCUCUAGAGAAGAUCCAGCCCACCACACACAAUGGACAGCAUCCAACCUGAGCUCCUGGGUGAGCCCAGCCACACACAGGCAAUCUGAGAGCUGGAGGAGAUUUUUUGGGGGUUGCU